AUGCAGGCCGUUCAAAAUGGCCUGAUUACAUUAGACGACGACGUUCGCGAGCUCGUACCUGAUGUCAACAAGAUUCAGCUCCUACGAGGCUUCAAAGAGGAUGAGAAGCCUAUUUUGGAAGAGACAAACACGCCGAUUACACUGCGCAUGCUUCUCGCCAAUACUGUAGGACUACCGUACGACACAAACGACACCGACAUCUUGCGUUGGUCCAAAGCAAUUGGUCGCAAGGAAAUUCACCUCAACUGGACCUUGUCCGCCAUCACCACAGCAUUCAUCUUUCCUCCUGGUGAGGGAUGGGUAUACGGCAUCGCCAACGACUGGGCAGCCCUGGUCUUGGAAAGGGUCACCGGGAAAUCACUCGGUACAUACAUGCAGGAACAAAUCUUCGAUCCCCUGGGUAUGCAUGACACCGGAUUUUGGCCAGAGAGGCUGCCCCAGACACAAGAUAGAACCGUACAGUCGUCUUUCCGCAAAGGCGCUUCCUUAACACCGUUUAAUAUACCGCUACCGAAGGAACAUGAGCUUGAAAGUGGCGGUGCUGGGCUAUUCACCACGGCGCACGACUAUGCUUUGUUCUUGAAAGCAUUUCUUGGUGGGAUGCUACUAAACGAAGAUACCAUGGAUGGAAUGUUCAAGGAUCAACUAGAUGUAGUUCAAAGAAAGAUGCUUCAGGAAACGGUGUACAAGCCGGAUAUCCAACCUGCUUUUGCGCCCGAGUUCCCUACCGGGUUUCCGAUCAGCUCUGGCAUCGGUGGCUUGAUUAAUCUUGAGGAUAUCCCUGGGAAGCGGAAGGCUUGGUCUAUGGAAUGGACGGGCGCUUUGAAUAGUCGUUGGUGGGUGGAUCGCGAGUCGGGAAUUGCGGCUGUGAUGGUGGUCAACGUUAUGCCUCAUGGUGAUUCUGUGCCUGGGGCACUGUACGAUGAGCUGGAGAGGGCGGUUUAUGGAGAGUUGUUGAGCUGA